AUGAACUCACUAUCUUACUUCUUCAAUCUUCUCCUCUUCACACUUCUUCUCCCACUUUCCCAUUCUUCAACCAAUGAACUCACCACCAUACUUUCAUGGACACAAACCUCUUCAAAACUACCUACACUCCCUUUUUCAAACAUAAACCCCCUAGACACAAAUCCAUGCAAAUGGCCAUUCAUAACAUGCUCUUUACAAAACCUUGUAACAGAAAUCAUCAUCCAAAAUGUCCAAUUAGCCCUUCCUUUUCCUCCAAACAUCUCUUCAUUUUCCAACCUUCAAAAGUUAGUUAUUUCAGGUGCAAACCUCACUGGAAAUAUUCCAGCUGAAAUUGGUUACUGUCUUAACCUAAUCACCAUUGAUCUUAGCUCAAAUAGUCUUGUUGGUAAUAUUCCUUCAACUAUUCGAAACCUAAAAAAUCUUCAAAACUUGAUUCUUAAUUCUAACCAAUUAACUGGUUCUAUACCAAUUCAGAUUGGUGAUUGUGUUAAUCUCAAAACCCUAGAUAUUUUCGAUAACAACCUUACCGGAAACCUUCCACAUGAAUUAGGAAAUCUUACAAAUCUUGAAGUUAUAAGAGCUGGUGGAAACAAAGAUAUUGUAGGGAAGAUUCCAGAAGAGUUAGGUGAAUGCAAGAAUUUGACUGUUCUAGGGCUUGCAGACACUAGAAUUUCUGGUUCAAUACCUAGUUCAUUAGGUAAACUAACCAUGCUUCAAACUAUAUCUAUUUAUAGUACUUUGAUUUCUGGUGAAAUUCCUCGCGAAAUCGGUAACUGUUCUGAGCUUGUGAACUUGUUUUUGUAUGAGAAUGGUCUUUCUGGCGAGAUUCCUUUUGAAAUAGGUAAGCUUGUGAAGCUUGAAAAGAUUUUGUUAUGGCAAAAUGGUUUUGUUGGUGGAAUACCCGAGGAGAUUGGAAACUGUAGUAGUUUGAAGAUUGUUGAUUUGUCUUUGAAUUUUCUAUCCGGUGGAAUACCGAAAAGUUUAGGGAAGUUGUCGAAUCUUGAAGAGCUUAUGUUGAGUAACAAUAACAUUUCUGGUUCGAUACCGGGUUCGAUUUUGAAUCUUACGAAUUUGAUUCAGUUGCAGAUAGAUACAAAUGAGAUAUCAGGUUUGGUUCCGGUUGAGAUUGGUAAGUUGACAAAGCUAACGGUUUUUUUUGCUUGGCAAAAUCGACUUGAAGGUAGAAUUCCGUCGGAGUUAGGAGAUUGUUCAAGCCUCGAGGCCUUGGAUUUGUCUUAUAAUGAACUUGGUGAUAGUUUACCUUCAAAUCUUUUUAAGCUUCAAAAUUUAACCAAGCUUUUAUUGAUUUCUAAUGAUAUCUCUGGUUCUAUUCCUCCUGAGAUUGGUAAUUGUAGUUCUCUCAUUCGACUCCGGCUCGUAGAUAACAGAAUCAAUGGUGAGAUACCGAGAGAAAUAGGUUUUCUUAAUAACCUUAGUUUCCUUGAUUUGUCUGAAAAUCGUCUUAGUGGUUCGGUACCGUUAGAGAUUGGAAAAUGUAAAGAACUUCAAAUGUUGAAUCUAAGUAAUAACUCCCUUUCUGGGGAUUUGCAUAGUUUGUCUUCUCUUACAAUGCUAGAGGUUUUGGACGUUUCGAUGAAUAAUUUUUCUGGCGAGAUUCCGAUGAGUAUUGGUCAAUUAACUUCACUUCUUAGAGUUAUUUUAUGCAAAAACUCUUUCUCUGGAUCAAUUCCUUCAUCACUUGGGAAAUGUUCCAAUAUUCAACUUCUUGACCUUAGCAGCAAUUUUUUGUCGGGGAGCAUACCGCGAGAAUUGUUUCAAAUUGAAGCACUUGAUAUUGCUUUGAAUUUGAGUCACAAUGCUUUAUCAGGAGUGAUCCCGGUUGAGAUAUCGGCUCUUGACAAGUUGUCUGUUUUAGACAUUUCACAUAACAAUCUCGAAGGUGACUUGAUGGUGUUUUCAAGCCUUGAAAAUCUUGUUUCUUUGAACAUUUCAUAUAACAAAUUUUCCGGUUAUUUACCAGACAGCAAGUUGUUUCAUCAACUAGCAGCAACAGAUUUGGAUGGAAAUCAAGGUUUGUGUCCUAAUGGACAUGAUUCAUGUUUCAUUGGAAGUUCUGCAAUGACAAAGAUGUUAAAUGGCUCUAAUUCUAAGAGGUCAGAGAUGAUUAAAGUUGCGAUUGGAUUUCUGAGUUCUUUGGCAGUUGCAAUGGCAAUAUUUGGACUUGUUACCGUCUUUCGAGCAAGGAAAAUGGUUCGAGACGACAAUGAUUCCGAGUUUGGAGGAGGAGGAGGUGAUUCAUGGCCUUGGCACUUCACACCAUUCCAAAAGGUAAACUUUCGUGUGGACCAAAUUCUAAAAUGUUUAGUGGAAUCCAAUGUAAUUGGAAAAGGAUGUUCAGGGAUUGUUUAUCGCGCGGAAAUGGAAAACGGAGAUGUUAUUGCUGUCAAAAGGCUAUGGCCAACAACAACGGCGGCCACUUCCACUGCAAGGUAUGAUCACAGUCAAAGUGACAAGUUAGCUGUUAACGGAGGAAUCCGCGAUUCGUUUUCCGCCGAGGUUAAAACUCUUGGUUCGAUUCGCCACAAGAACAUCGUGAGGUUCUUAGGUUGCUGUUGGAAUAGAAACACAAGAUUGCUAAUGUAUGAUUACAUGCCAAAUGGGAGUCUUGGAGGCUUACUUCACGAGAGAAGUGGUAAUUGCUUGGAGUGGCACAUUAGAUUCAAGAUAAUUCUAGGAGCAGCUCAAGGUUUGGCUUAUUUACACCAUGAUUGUGCUCCUCCUAUUGUUCACAGAGACAUUAAGGCCAACAACAUUCUCAUAGGACUUGAAUUCGAACCAUACAUAGCCGAUUUUGGACUUGCAAAACUCGUUGAUGAUGGAGAUUUCGCAAGAUCUUCUAGUACACUUGCCGGUUCUUAUGGUUACAUAGCUCCUGAGUACGGAUACAUGAUGAAGAUAACCGAGAAAAGUGAUGUAUACAGCUACGGCAUAGUUGUAUUAGAAGUACUAACAGGCAAACAACCGAUCGAUCCAACGAUACCAGGCGGACUUCACAUCGUAGAUUGGGUUAGACAAAAAAGAGGAAGAGUUGAAGUGCUAGAUGAAAGCUUAACAACAAGGCCAGAAUCCGAAAUAGAAGAGAUGUUACAAACUUUAGGUGUUGCUUUGUUAUGCGUAACUUCGAGUCCAGACGACAGACCGACGAUGAAAGACGUGGUGGCGAUGAUGAAAGAGAUUAAACAAGAGAGAGAUGAAUGUGUGAAAGUUUUUGAUCAACAUGAGAGGAAUCAUUAUAAUGAGGAGUUAGUUGAAGGGAUGAAACAUUCAUGUCCAGCAACAAGUAGUAGCAACAUGAAUAUGCAUUUACAUUAUUCUCCUCAUAUUUCUACAACACUAGAUUAA